AUGGCGGCCACUGCUGAGAACGUGGCUGAGCAGCUGGCCGAGGUCGCUGUAGAGGAUAAGCCCAAAAAGGAGAAGAAGGAAAAGGCCCCCAAAGUGCCGAAGGAGAAGAAGGAGGGCAGCAGCGGUGGGGCUGGCGGCGGCGGCGGCAAGGACAAGAAGAAGGAGACGCAGCUGGGGCUGUCUGCCACCAAGAAUGAGGACUUCAACAAGUGGUACCAGGAGCUGGUGGUUGCCAGCGAGCUGAUCAGCUACUACGACGUCAGCGGCUGCUACAUCCUGCGCCCAUGGGCGUUUGCAAUGUGGGAGGUGGUGCACCGCUGGUUUGACGACAACAUCAAGGCGUUGGGCGUGCAGAACGCCUACUUCCCGCUUUUCAUUACGGAGGACGUCCUCAACACUGAGAAGGACCACGUCGAGGGCUUCGCGCCCGAGGUGGCCUGGGUGACGCGCAGCGGCAACACGCCCAUGGAGAAGCCCAUCGCCAUCAGGCCCACCAGCGAGACGGCCAUGUACCCCUACUUUGCGCAGUGGAUCCGCUCCCACCGCGACCUGCCCCUGCGCCUCAACCAGUGGACCAACGUGGUGCGGUGGGAGUUCAAGUACCCCACGCCCUUCAUCCGCAGCCGCGAGUUCCUCUGGCAGGAGGGCCACACCGCCUUCGCAACCCAGGAGGAGGCUGACGCGGAGGUGCUCCAGAUCCUGGACCUCUAUGCGGGCGUCUACGAGCAGCUGCUGGCCGUGCCCGUCACAAAGGGCCGCAAGUCGAAGAAGGAGCAGUUCGCGGGCGCCCUGUACACAACCACCGUCGAGGCGUACAUCCCGGAGACCGGCCGCGGCAUCCAGGGCGCCACCAGCCACUGCCUGGGCCAGAACUUCAGCCGCAUGUUUGGCAUCGAGUUUGAGACCGAGGAGAAGACCAAGCAGCACGCGUGGCAAAACAGCUGGGGCCUCACGACGCGCACGCUGGGGGUCAUGGUGAUGACGCACUCGGACGACAAGGGGCUCGUGCUGCCGCCGCGGGUCGCCCCCAAGCAGGUGGUGAUCAUCCCCAUCCCCAAGGGCAACUCCUCCCCUGAGGUGGCGCAGGGCAUGUUUGACAAGGCGGCAGAGCUGCGGAAGGGCCUCGAGGCAGUGGGCGUGCGCGUGGAGACGGACCUGCGCACCAACUACACCCCGGGCUGGAAGUACAACCACUGGGAGAUGCGGGGCCUGCCGCUGCGGGUGGAGCUGGGGCCGCGGGACAUGGAGGCCGGCGUGGUGGUGGUGGCGCGCCGCGACACGGGCGCCAAGGAGACGGUGGCGUGGGCUGACCUGUCGACGCGGCUGCCGGCCCUGCUGGACACCAUCCAGGCGGAGAUGCUGGUGCGGGCGCGCGAGCGCUACGACGCGUGCCUGGAGACGGUCACCACGUGGGAGGAUUUCAUGGCGGCGCUGGAGCGCAAGCACAUGGUCCUGGCGCCCUGGGCGGACGAGGAGGAGGUGGAGGAGGACGUGAAGAAGCGCUCCGCCACCGCAGACAGCAUGGGCGCCAAGACCCUCUGCCUGCCCUUCGUGCAGCCGGAGCUGCCGGCGGGCGCGGUCUGCUUCGCCAGUGGGAAGCCCGCCAAGAACUGGGCGCUCUGGGGGCGCAGCUACUGA